GUAUAGAGCAGUUGCAUCCUGGAGUCGUGUUCAGGGAAUUGGAAUCCCUAUGAUAACUGCUAUUGAAAUUUUCUCCAUUUGGCUUCUGUCCUUCAUACUGGCAAUUCCAGAAGCAAUCGGUUUUGCUGUCGUACCUUUCAGAUACAAGGAUGAGGGUUAUGUUACCUGCAUGCUCAAUCCUACAAAUAAUUUUAUGUUGUUUUACAAAGAUGCAAAGGAUUGGUGGCUGUUUGGUUUCUAUUUCUGCAUGCCACUGGCAUGUACUGCCAUCUUUUAUACACUAAUGACUUGUGAAAUGUUAAACAGAAGAAACAGCAACUUGAGAAUCGCUCUCAGUGAACACCUUAAGCAGCGUCGAGAAGUUGCAAAGACAGUUUUCUGUUUAGUAGUGAUUUUUGCUCUUUGCUGGUUCCCUCUCCAUUUGAGCCGAAUUUUGAAGAAAAUGGUAUACAAUGAAAGAGAUCCCGGCAGAUGUGAACUGCUCAGUUUCUUGCUGCCAUUGGAUUAUAUCAGCAUCAACCUGGCAACCAUGAACUCUUGUAUAAACCCAAUAGCUCUGUAUUUUGUGAGCAAGAAGUUUAAAAACUGUUUCCAGUCAUGUCUUUGCUGUUGCUGCUCCCAGUCUAAGAGUCUAGUGACUUCAGUGCCCAUGAAUGGAACAAGCAUUCAGUGGAAAAAUCAAGAACUAAACAAUCACAAUACAGAUCGAAGCAGCCAUAAAGACAGCAUAAACUGAAAAUUAAGAACUCUGAUAUCACUUCAGAAUCAAACAGGAAAGAAAAAGUCACAACAAAGCUAUUCCAACAGGAAGCCCAGUGACUGUUUCGUAAUCAAUUCAGACAUGUGCACCCUUGUACCUAAUUCUAGAGGUGACUGAAUAGAUUGACUGACUAUAACUGCAAUGUUCUGUGAACUGAGAUGCACUGGAUGGUAAUUCUGCCUCUGAAAAUGAUAUUGAUGUGAUUAUGACGCCAAAAAACUGACUUGAACUACACAGGUGGCUUGCUCUUCAGAACCAAGCAGGAACUGUCCAGUGUCUGUGACUGGUACAAUUCAAUCUUUUUACCCAAUUGUCACCUAGAAUUAAUCACUCUGGAAUUUUUCAGAAGAUAUCAAAAUGCAAUCUGUCUGUGACUCUAUUUUUUGUCUGGCCAUUUGUCUUUUCACUUUUAUUUGUGUGGUGGAAAUAUUCCAUGCACCAGUAUGUUUUGCAUGUUGUUGUUGUUGUUUUUCAGGUUUAUGUUGGAAAAUGUUUUGGUCCAUACCAGUAUUUUAUUUACUUAAUUUAC